GUAAAUACCAAAAACAAACAAAAUAUAUUCCUCAAUCGCCGAAGCUGUAAUACCUUUUCUUUUUUUGCUGAAAAACAAUUAAAAAGGGAAAAUAUAUUGGAAAAUAACAAAAAGUGGUUUCUGUUGGUCGAAAUUCACUUAAUGAGCCUGCUUUAUUUUUUGAAGUGGCUAUAUCUAUAUCAAGCGUGAUGGAAAAAUCAGAGUCUAAAUUGAGUGAAAUUGUCCACUUUUUAUUUACUGCUCCCUUUUAUGUAAAAUAGAGAUUUUUCCCCACUUCAUUGAUUACACCGUUCCAUUAAAGUGAAUCGCAACUUGUAAUGGCAAAUUCUUACCAAACUUUUCAAUUCUGCUCCCCAAUUUCUCAGCCCAGGGGAAUUUUACCAAAAAAGAGAUAAGCUGAUAUUUAAAUUGAAUAUACACUUGAGAAGUUCUGCAAUAACUUCUAACCCCGUUCAUAUAUAUAUUUUUAAAAAGUCCUGACGUAGUUUACAUUUUUUUGCUAUAUUGAGAAUCGCUUGAUUUGAAUUGGAAAAAAGUUUCAGGCGCUAGUCACAGUAGAAAGAUUAUUUUUUUGUAAUUAAAAUUUAAACUUAUUUCCUUUGUUACUAACCAAAAAUUCAAACCUUUAUUUGAAAGUUAUGCCCAUCAAAAUUAGCACCCACAAAAAUUAAGAUAUUUCGUUUUUAAUUACGUGUGUAUAAAUUACUGGGCGAAAAGGAUUGCCCAAGGAGCUUGAGUCUGUUCAUCUCAAUUCUUUCUUUGUAUGCAUUCCUUUUGCGUUUGUGCAGAUAAAACAAUCGGAAAACCUAAACGUCUGCGAACCUUUGUCAUUUGGUCAAAUCUUAAGCGUCUUAAAUUAGAAAUUCAACUUCACUAUGCUUUGGAAUUACCUUUAAUGAACCAUUAUUGUUUUUUAUCUUUUUUAUUAGUGUAGCAUAUACUUUACAGCUAAUUAUAUUAAAACCAGCUACUGUUUCUUUUUUUUUCAUAGCUUUAUUGCUGAAUUUUACGUAUAUUCCUUUGCAACUCCUGCAGGGAAAUUAAAAAAUUAAAUUGAUAUGCUGAGCUCGAUAAAGCUUACUUCUGUUGAGAAAAAUACUUCUUUGACACAAACUUUCGUUUGUUGUUUAUCUUAUUAAUGUUAUUCAGGAAGAUGGUGUUAGAUUAUUAGCGACUAUGGUAUUACUCAUAUUAAUUAACUAUCGCAACUUCAUCCAGUUAAUUUUCUUCCACCUCAUAUCGGACUUGAUCAAAGGAGUCGACUCGUAUAACAACUUCUUCUCGUCUCCCUUCGGAUCCUUCUCGGAGAAGAGCAACAGUUUCUUCGACUACGAGGGCCUUCAGGAGGGUGGGGGCGACAAUGGAGGCGGAGGAUAUGCGAGCACAAAUGAAUACUACUACGAAGACUCAUACAGACAUUACAAUAUUCGCUGCGCGCAUUGUUGGACAAAUGAUCCAAAUGACUCAUGUGCCCAAGGAUCAAUCGAUUCUUCCGACAUCGUCACAGUAGACAAGUGUGCCGACGAUGACAUCAACCUCUGUUAUACGUUCAUUAACACCAAGAGCUCUCCACGCGGCGACAAAUUCUUCGAACUUACACGAGGUUGUGCAAAGAGUAGCGGGAACCCGUGCAACGCCGGACCCAAAUACGACACUUGUUCCUAUGAAGUGUGUCCACGUGACCUCUGCAACUCCUCGUUGAGUAAUCUCAAGGUCACAAGAUUUCAGUCAUGGUGCAUAUGUCUUUAUAUGUUUGCUAGCUGCUAUGUUUUGAAAAUAUUAACCAAGUAAAUAACAAAGCUUAGUAAAAAACUCAAUGUUGAAGUGACUGCUUAAAUUUUCCUGUUAAUAUUUUAGAAUCAA